UUUUUUCUUCUUUAAAUAAAAUUUGAUCAUCUUCAUAAAGUGAUCCAUCAGCAUAAAGCCAGCGCACAAACUAUCUAAAACAUUCUUUCUUGCACUAAAGAGCAGCUGCAGACAAAGAAAAGAACCUCAAAUUUUCUUCCAUCUCUAUCUUUUUCUGAGUUAAUGGAUGCUGCUUCAUGGCCACAGGGUUUGCAGGAUAUGAAAGUGGGAAAAUCUAUGGAAGAAAUAUCAUCUAAUGCAUGUUCAAGGCCAAUAAUGGAGAGAAAAGCAAGGCCACAAGAACAAUUAAACUGUCCAAGAUGCAAUUCAACCAACACCAAAUUUUGUUACUACAACAACUACAGUUUAACUCAACCGAGAUACUUUUGCAAGACUUGCCGAAGGUAUUGGACAGAAGGUGGUUCCCUUAGAAGUGUUCCUGUCGGAGGAGGUUCAAGAAAGAACAAGAGAUCUUCAAUGUCAUCAUCUUCAACAUCAUCAAAGCUUCCUGAUCUAAACCCGCCGAGCAUUUCGCAGUUUUCGUCUCAAAACCCUAAGAUUCAUCAAGGUCAAGAUCUCAAUCUGGCAUUCCCCAUACAGGACAGUCAAGGUAUAUCUUAUUUUCUUGAUCAAGCACCAAAAACUGAAAUCAGCAACAGCACACAGCUUGAUAACUCAUCUUCUUGCUCAUCAAAUUAUAAUUCAGCACUGGAACUGCUGAGAAGUGGGAUUGCUUCGAGGGGUUUGCAUUCUUUCAUACCGACUCCGAUACCCGAUUCGAACACGCUGUAUUCUUCUUCAGGAUAUCCCAUGCAAGAAUUCAAGCCAACUCUUAACUUUGGAGUUGAAGAGCUCGGAGAUGGAAACCGAUAUAAUGGGGUUGAAGAGAAUGGUGGAAAGAUUUUGUUUCCUCUAGGAGAAGUGAAACAGUUUUCGAGCACGAACCCUGAUGAUCAUGCAGUUGAUCAAAAUAAGAGUGGUAAUGGAUUUUGGAAUGGAAUGUUCGGUGGAAGUGGAGGAUCAUGGUAAAGAAAUUAAGCCACUUAUUUCUCUAUUUUCUUUCAUUUUUCUUGUUCUUGUUGAAAGUUGUGGAGGACUAACAGAGAUAGGGAUUCUUCUGUUUACUGUUUUUGGGGAGUUGUAUAAAAAUUUAAGGGUCUUUUUGGUUUGGAUUUAAUUUGUUUUACAGACACAUACUAUGCAGAAUUUGAUUGAGAGAUUACGGCCUUUUGUACUCAUAAAUUCUUGUAUUACGGCUUACUACCUGGCCUGCAGUCUCUUUUGUAUUUGGUUUGAAUUCCUGAGUUGUCUCGAUUGUACGUAUGUGUAUGUGUAUGGGGUGAAACUGAGAUUUGAUCAUUAUUAAUUGGAUUCCAACUUUUUCAGAACAA